GAAGCUGCCGCAUCGAGAAGCGCAAGAAACAAGCCAAACAAUGUUAUGGGUGACGUCGCUGCAGCUCUUCUUGCUGCUCUUAUCAGCGCCACGGCAGUUGGUCGCUUUGAGAUAUUACGACUAUGAAGACGUUGGUUUUUAUGGGGCACGUGGCACAAAUGCGGAAUGUGACGCCCACAUGGUGAUUAAGAGCUGGAUCAAUGAGCAGAUUCUGACGAAUGCAAAGCUAACCAGUUUCAACCUAAACUUGGGCAAGAUGCUGGAGGUCAUAAAUAGCACGAAUCCUAAUCAGGCCGGAGAGGAGCAUUGCUGUUUCUACGAGAAUCAAACGAUGAAUAUUAUAUUCGCAGACCUAGCGAAUCUGUCGGCCACCAGCGAUACGCCCAAUGUCAGCCCACUUGAAGCAACUGGCGAUCUGGGCAAAGAUCUGGACAUCAUUUUGGAUCAAAUGAAAGCAAUAUCAUCGAAGAAAAUGAAAACUUGUUGCGAGCAAUUGGCAGAAAAUCUGAAAGCAGUCGAAGCUGAUUUGUUGAACAAACUGGAGGAGCUACGCAAGAAAACGGAGCAACAGCACGAAGAUGUCAACAGCCAAGCAAAUGAGCUAAAGCAAAAGCAAACCGAUCUAGAGAAUCAAUUGAAGAAUGUCACGAAUCGCAUCGAACAGCUGGAGAAGCAGCAGAGCGUCAACAAAGAGGAGGCGGCUAAAUGUUGUAAGGAGUUGAACGACAAAGUGAAUGAAUUGAAGAAGCAGCUAGAGCAAGCCAAAGCUGAGGCUAGCCAGAAAGCCAAACAGCUGGAGAAGGACAUCAACGAUCUAAAUCAGAAGCAACAGGAGCAUGCGAAUAAGUUGAAUAUUCUACAAAAAGAAACCGAGAAACAAAUGACAAUUAUUUCUCAAACUACGCAAGUUUGCAUUGAUAACUGUGGAAAUGGAACAGGUGGAAGCGGGAGUGGAAUUGGAGGUGGAACUGGAAAUGGAACUGGAAAUGGAACUGGACAUGGAACUGGAAAUGGAACUGGAACUGGAAGUGGAAGUGGAAGUGGGUCAACUGACAUUGAAGCAUUACUGAACAGAAUCAAGGAACUGGAGAAAAUGAUUGCUAAUCUGAUCGAUAAGUUCAAUCAAUUCUCCAAUAUAUCAAUCACUAUAGCAAAUUGUUCGAAAAUCGAGUCUGAACUAAACCAAAUCCUUAAUAUACUCAAUCAACUGGGGAAUCAAACGGCAGUAGCUCCAGGAAACAACAGUUGUCCCUCUCUGGUGGAAUUGCAGACAGAAAUUGAAAAGGCCAAGCAGUGCUGCAAGAAAAUCGACGAAUUGUCCCAGAAACUGGAUAACAUGAUGAAACAAAUUGAGGAAUUAAAUAAUAAGUACACAAAUCAUGUGACACAGCUAGAAACGAGCUUAAGUCAAGUGCAAGAAAAGCUCGAUAAUACUUUGGCACAAUUGCAGAAUAUGUCCAUAGCAACACAAACAUGCCCUAACGGCAAUGGAACCGCUGGAACCCAGACCUUGGCCGAUCGCAUUAAAGAUCUACAGAAUCAGCUUAACUCGCUGAAAAACAUUCUGAGCAUAACCCAAAUAAAUCUCAAUAAUAAUGAAGCAAAGCUCAUCCAGGUUGAAAAAACUCUCCAGGAAAAAUGGAGAGAAUUUCAAAAGAUAAAUGCGGAUCACCUGAGGAAUGCGACCGAAUUCAAGGAGCAGAUGGAGAAACGAUUGAAUGAACUGCAGCUCCUAUUGAGCAACAAUUCAAGUAAGCCCGAUCAAGACCUAAUUGAGCGCAUUAUUAAGUUGGAAAAGCUACAUGAAGAAAUGCGAGUGGAUUUAGAGAGGAUAGUUAAGCUGCAAGAGAUAAUUUCAGGUCUGGAAAAUCAGCUUCAAGCGGCGCUGCAAAAGCUGAUAGACAACGAAGCAAAGUUUAAAGAAUGUGCCUUGAGAUGCUCAAAGUUGGAUGAGCUGAAUGAUCUGAUCGAUCGCUUGGAAGACGUAGAGAAGCUUGUUUUAAGUACGACAGGUCGGCCAACAACAACAACCACCACCACUACCACCACCACCACCACCACUAAAGCAAAGACCAGACCAAGCACUCGCAAAUUCAUUAACUACUACCCGCCCACUAAAUAUACUGGGGCUAUCAGCAUAUUAGGCAGUGUUGACGAUCCCAUAUUUAUAUAUGAGCGACAAAAACGGCAAGUAUAAUCGGGAAACAUACGCGAGAAGUAUAAGUAUAUUAUGCUGAAAAAUGUUCUUCUAAAACCAUUCUAAUAAUCGAAUUUUUCCAUCGGAAAUUCUUUAGUCAUAUUA